UGAAAGAGAAUAAAGAUUGUGGGGGUGGAUGAUAGUAGACGAUGAGGUGGUUCUCUGAGUGAGAUACAGUCAAACACUUUAUCAUGCUGAUCGGCCUCGUAGAGAAGAGGACAUUUCUAAGGACAUUCGAUCUCUUUAUUUUUUUAUUUUAACCUCAGCUUUACAUUACCAGCGAUCAAACACAGGGUAGAACUACAGUGUACAGUGUACGCUCGUCCUUGUUUCGGGCUUUUUGACAGGUUCAUCACACGGGCUCUCGACUUCCUCACUGUACCGAUAUGUAUCGCUUGCAAUCGCUGGCAGCUCGAUCACUGAUCGCUGGGGCUCUUGAUCAAUACACCCCCUUAGCGCUGACCUCUCUGCCUAAUUUUACCGGGGUGAGACACAAAUCUCAAGGUCCGUCCGUAGAGAAGUACAGGCAGAUGCGCUUCAGCUCCGCCAAGGCGAAAGUGGCUGCUGGGAGUCUGAAUGGUAAAAUGCGGGAGAAGACCCUGACUAUGGAGACACUCAACCCGCAUGUGAAGGCUGUGGAGUACGCCGUGAGAGGACCCAUCGUCAUCAAAGCUGGAGAAAUAGAGAGAUACUUGGAGGAGGGCAGUAUAAAACCCUUCUCUGAGGUCAUCAGAGCCAACAUUGGUGAUGCACACGCCAUGGGACAGCAACCAAUCACCUUCCUCAGACAGGUGGUGGCUCUCUGCACAUUUCCUGAGCUGAUGGACAGCCCCGGUUUCCCAGAGGAUGCGAAAUUGAGAGCACGGCGUAUCCUGCAGGGCUGCGGGGGGCUCAGUCUUGGGUCAUAUAGUGCAAGCCCGGGUGUAGAGAACAUCCGCAAAGAUAUUGCAGCUUACAUUGAACAAAGAGAUGAGGGAGUGCCUUCUAACUGGAAAAACAUUUACCUCACCACUGGAGCAAGUGAUGGCAUUAUGACUAUUCUGCGACUGCUGGUGUCUGGGAAAGGCUGUUCUCGGGCUGGCGUAAUGAUCCCCAUCCCUCAGUACCCUCUCUACUCCGCCGCUAUCUCAGAGAUGGAUGCAGUACAGAUCAACUACUACUUGGACGAGGACAACUGCUGGGCCCUGGACAUCAAUGAACUUCACAGAGCUUAUCAGGCUGCCAAACAGCAUUGCCAGCCUCGCGUUAUUUGCAUUAUUAACCCUGGCAACCCCACCGGUCAAGUCCAGAGUAAAAAAUGCAUUGAAGAAGUCUUGCACUUUGCCUAUGAAGAGAAUCUUUUUGUUAUGUCAGAUGAGGUGUAUCAGGACAAUGUGUACGCUCCUGACUGUCAGUUCCACUCCUUCAAGAAGGUGCUAUAUGAGAUGGGCCCCGAGUACUUUAACAGUGUGGAACUCGUCUCCUUUCAUUCCACCUCCAAAGGAUACACGGGAGAGUGUGGCUUCAGGGGUGGAUAUAUGGAGGUAGUCAACAUGGAUCCUGAAAUCAAGACCCAGCUGGAGAAGCUUUUAUCAGUGAGACUAUGUCCCCCCUUGGCUGGCCAGGUUGCAAUGGAUGUCAUUGUCAACCCUCCACAACCAGAAGAACCCUCGUUCAACCAAUUCCACCAGGAGAAAUCUGCUGUGCUGGAUGCUUUAGCAGAGAAAGCAAAGCUAACUGAGCAGAUCCUGAAUGCGGUUCCAGGAAUCAAGUGCAACCCCGUCCAGGGAGCCAUGUAUGCUUUUCCCCGCAUCUUUAUCCCUCAAAAGGCAGUGGAGGAAGCCAAGGCUGUAGGAAUGCAGCCUGACAUGCUCUACUGCCUGAGGUUGCUGGAGGAGACUGGAAUCUGUGUCGUUCCUGGUAGUGGCUUUGGGCAGAGAGAUGGCACAUACCAUUUCAGAAUGACAAUCCUACCACCCACAGAGAAGCUGAAGGUACUCCUUGGCAAAGUGCAAGAUUUCCAUAUCAAGUUCCUGAAAGAGUACUCUGCUCUGGAGCAGCUACAGAGAUGAGAUCUGCCCUGAUCUGGAAGUAUAUAAGCUGGCCAGCUCCAGCUCAUGGCUACUUAAAGGAAGAGUUCUCCCAAAAAUGAAAAUUUGCUGAUAAUUUACUCACCCUCAGACCAUCCAAGAUGUAUCUGAGUUUCUUUCUUCAUCAAAACAGAAUUUAAGACUUUUAGGAUUUCAUUUCAGGCCUCCACCUCUAAACAAUGGUUUUUUUGACGGUCAUUUCCUGCCUCCUCCUCCACGUGACGUUACCAACGAGCUUACAUCAUCCCUCUCAUGAGCGCACGUCACAGAGAUGUACGGAAGUGAACAUUUGUAGUUAAAAAGUAUAUAAGUAUUGUUUCGUUUCUAAAAAUAAUCAAUCGUUUAGAUUGAGAAGAACUUUAUUUGUAGACUGGAGUCGUGUGGAUUAUUUUGAUGCACCCUAAAUAUGCAUUUUGGACUGUCAAAAAAUGGAGGACAUUCACUUGCAUUGUUUAAAGGAGGAGGCCUGAAAUGAAAUCCUAAAAGUCUUCAAUUCUGUUUUGAUGAAGAAACUCAGAUACAUCUUGGAUGGCCUGAGGGUGAGUAAAUUAUCAGCAAAUUUUCAUUUUUGGGUGAACUGUUCCUUCAACACACUAACCACUCAUUUAAAUUGAAUUUAUUUUUGGGAGGUGGUUUGGUGGUAGUUUUGUGGAAAUAUUAGCUGUUUAGUCAGAUGUAACUCUAAGCUUGAAUAUUGAAGAGGGCACACAACAACAGAAAUUUUUUUUCUUUAUUUUGUAUUUAAAUAAUAAAUUCUAAAACGGUACAUGAUCAGACACCCGCUACCAUAAAUGAGAUUCAACAACAUAGAUCAAGAAGUUUCCAAAACUUUUGCAGUUAUUUGCACCAAUGUGCAGAAUUAUUUUGUUGGCAAGGCAUUUCCACCAUAAAACAUCAUCCGCAAUCUUUUUUAAUAUUCCUUCUAUUCAUGUUGCACCUUUAUGAACGAUUUAAAACUAUUUUGGCCGAUGCAAAUUUAGCAUUUUUUCACUUUGGCUGUAUCUUUAAAACGAAAAGGGUUUAUGACUGGAACGCUGAAGGUAUGUUAUGGUUCUGUAAAGUUGACAGAAAUACUUUAAACGUUUAUGUUGGCCUCUCCAUAGUUGUACUCAUUGCCAUGCAAUGUACAUGACAAACUUUUUAUUUAAAAAAACAAAUACAAAUUUAAUGGCAAGAGAAGCUUCUGUUGAGGAUUGUGAAUAACAAUGAUUUAUGGGGUCUCAGACUCUGCAUAUUUUCACUGUAGAUAUUUGGCAGCAUGGCUAAAAGAAAACAUGGAGUGAAGGGAGCAUUUGUGGAAAAAGUCCAAGUGCUGGCCUAUAACUAAAGUUUACUUGUGUAUUUUAUACACUCCUUUAGCCAUGCAAGCAAUUUGAAAGUCUUUAUCAUCGUCCUGUUUGAAAGAAACCAGUUAAAUGGAUUUUUUAUUGGAAUAUUUACAAAUGAAACGCAUGCCAUUAGGUCAGAUAUAUUUGUGCCAAAGUCAAAAUAUUUUUAUUAACUAGUGGUUUUAAACAUCCCUUUUUGACUUCUCAUCUGUCAUUGUACUUUUAUAUUAAAGCCAUUAACAGUGAAUGAAUAGUUAAUGCAGCGCAGUAUUCUUUUGAGCUUAAUGCAUAUUCUAUCACUUCACUGGAGGUGCCUUCAGGAUUUAAUGAACUGAUUUGUUUUCUCUCUACAUGCAGUAAUGUAUCUUACACAAUUGUAAUGAAAUUUUUUUUUUGUUUUCUUCUUAAUAUAAAUGUUCCUUUUAUGUACUUUUUGAGAAUUGGCCCAGUGUUCACAAUUUGUAAAUACUAAUUGGAGCUACAAUUAAAGUUGUAGUGGAGACUGUUAAAGCUGAUUGCAUCUGUUCCAAGUUUUCUUUUGUUUUUACUAAAGAUGACAAAAUGAAAUGUUUAUUUUGAUCAUUAAACAAUCGAAGUGUAUAA